UGGCGCGCGCAUUCAACACGUUCAAGGUGUAUACGUGACUUUUGCGACUGCCGCAAAAUUUGUUAGCUCCACAUGCAUUUGUUUACUUGUUUUGCGAGUGUUUAAACAACCCAUUUGGUGUAAUACAAAGGAAACGAUGCGAUACGGACAGCUUGUAAUGGGACCUGCCGGCAGUGGCAAGUCCACAUAUUGCGCGACAAUGCAACGGCACGGGUAUGACGAUAAGCGAAUGAUAAAGGUAGUAAAUUUGGAUCCCGCCGCGGAACAUUUCGACUACCAACCCUUCCUGGACAUUCGAGACCUGAUCCAGCUGGACGAUGCUAUGGAGGACGAAGAGCUCCGAUACGGUCCGAACGGCGGUUUGAUCUUUUGCAUCGAGUACCUCAUCGAGCAUUCCGAUUGGCUCCGCGAUCAGCUGUGCGGUGUCGGUUCCGACGAUGAAGAUGACGCUACGGGCAUCGACGAACCGGAUGAUGAUUAUGUGCUGUUUGAUAUGCCGGGUCAGAUCGAACUGUACACACAUCUUAAAGCGGGACACACGUUGGCGCGAUUGCUAGAAUCGUGGAACUUUCGCCUCUGCUCGGUGUUUCUCGUAGACUCACAGUUUAUGAUCGACGGUGCAAAGUUUUUGUCCGGUACAAUGGCCGCCCUGAGUGUGAUGGCUAACAUGGAGCUUCCGCACGUGAACGUACUCAGCAAGAUGGAUCUGCUGAGCAAAGGACAUCGGGGACAGAUGGACAAAUAUCUCGACCCUGAUGCGCACGCACUGCUCGGAGAAGUUACUAGCGAAUCCGCAUGGGGUCGUAAAUACCGUAAGUUAUCGGAAACGAUCGGCAUGUUGAUAGAAGACUUUAGUUUGGUUCGCUUUACGCCGCUUAACAUCAACGAUGAGGAAAAUGUGGCCGAUUUGUUGUUGAUGAUCGAUAAUGUAAUACAGUACGGUGAGGAUGCGGAUGUGAAGGUGCGUGAUUUUGACCCGCCAGAACCAGACGAGUUGGACGAUGAGAGUAAAUACAACCAGGACGACUGAAUGACUGUUUUAUGCGUGGUUUUGUCCUAAGAUACGUUUAUAUUCUCCUUGCAGUUUAAUAAAUUUAACGAUAUAUAGGAUUAUUUACAUGA